CACGAUCUAAGUUUACAGAUCUUAUAAAACACACGAAGUUAAAACCAAUUAACAUCUCGAUAGAGGAAGAUAUCCAAAACUUAAUUAGAUAAACGUAGUGAUGAGCUUCAUCUUCAUCGUCGUGGUUGGUUUCGUAUUUUCUCUUCUGCUGCUGCUGCUUCCUCCUUGGAUCUUCUCAUCUUCAACAAUCAACACCGCUUGUUGGUUUCAUUUUGUUUUCCAUCUCGGCCCACUUCCUCAACGGUGUCCAUCCAAUCAAUCUACCGAUCUAAUUCGUUCAGGGGCGUGAUUUUGAAAAUUUUUCUUGAUUCAAACCGUCUAUUUUGGGGUGAUUGAAGAUAAUUUGUUGAAGAUGAAGAAUAAAACUAAAAGAAAUCGAGUAAGAGGAUCAUAAAUACCCUCGGCUCCACUUCAGAAAGACUUCGUUUCGAACAAAUUGGGGUUAUGCCUGGGAAUAAUUACAAUGCCAAUUCACCAGUCCCAUCGAGUCGAAUAGAUCGGCUGUUGAGACAAAGGCUACGAAAAACCAGCAAAGCUUCAAAUUCUAAUGACGCUAAUGGAAACGGCAAUAGCAAUGGCAAUGAAGGUUUGGAUCAUGAACAGCGAUUAAGGGAAGGUGAUGACUUUGUGGAACAAUAUCUUGAAGGAGCCUCCGCUGCACGUGACAGAUGGGAAAAACCAGAUAGUGGACUUUUUACACAACGACUGUUAGUCGUUGCUAAUCGACUACCAGUUUCUGCUGUUCGUAGAGGUGAAGAAAGUUGGUCUCUUGAAGUUAGUGGUGGUGGCCUUGUUAGUGCCCUUUUGGGUGUGAAGGAGGUGGAGGCAAAAUGGAUUGGAUGGGCAGGUGUUAAUGUCCCAGAUGAGCCUGGGCAGAGGGCACUAACUAAAGCAUUGGCAGAAAAGAGGUGUAUACCGGUGUUUCUAGAUGAAGAAAUCGUACAUCAAUAUUACAACGGGUAUUGCAACAACAUAUUAUGGCCACUUUUCCAUUACCUCGGACUUCCACAAGAAGACCGUUUGGCUACAACUAGAAGCUUCCAAUCCCAAUUUGCUGCCUACAAAAAAGCAAAUCAAAUGUUUGCUGACGUGGUAAACGAGCAUUAUGAAGAAGGUGAUGUAGUUUGGUGCCAUGAUUACCAUCUUAUGUUUCUUCCAAAAUGUCUCAAAGAUCACAACAAAAACAUGAAAGUUGGUUGGUUUCUUCAUACCCCCUUCCCCUCUUCUGAAAUUCAUCGGACUUUACCUUCUAGAUCCGAGCUCUUACGUGCUGUUCUUGCUGCUGAUUUGGUGGGUUUUCAUACGUAUGAUUAUGCAAGACAUUUUGUGAGUGCGUGUACUCGUAUCUUGGGACUCGAGGGAACACCUGAAGGAGUAGAGGAUCAAGGGAGGCUUACACGUGUUGCAGCAUUCCCAAUUGGUAUAGAUUCAGAUCGCUUCAUACAUGCUCUUGAGGCUCCUCAAGUCCAGGAGCACAUUAAGGAAUUGAAGGAGAGAUUUUCUGGGAGAAAGGUGAUGUUAGGUGUUGAUAGGUUAGAUAUGAUCAAAGGGAUUCCACAAAAGAUACUCGCGUUCGAGAAGUUUCUAGAGGAAAAUCAAUAUUGGCAUGAUAAAGUGGUUUUGUUACAGAUUGCAGUACCAACAAGAACCGAUGUUCCUGAAUAUCAAAAACUCACAAGUCAAGUUCAUGAAAUUGUGGGACGGAUAAACGGUAGAUUUGGCACAUUAACAACCGUUCCAAUUCACCAUCUGGAUCGUUCUCUUGAUUUUCAAGCUUUAUGUGCUUUGUAUGCUGUCACUGAUAUAGCACUUGUGACAUCUUUGAGAGAUGGAAUGAAUCUUGUUAGUUAUGAAUUUGUCGCAUGCCAAGAUGAGAAAAGAGGAGUUCUCAUUUUAAGUGAAUUUGCUGGUGCAGCUCAGUCCCUAGGUGCAGGGGCUAUUCUUGUUAACCCAUGGAACAUAACUGAAGUUGCAGCUUCCAUAGGCCAAGCUUUAAAUAUGUCAGCUGAAGAAAGAGAAAAACGUCAUUUACAUAAUUUCUCACAUGUCACAACUCACACUGCUCAGGAAUGGGCAGAAACUUUUGUCAGUGAACUAAAUGAUACUGUGCUUGAAGCACAACAAAGAAUUAGACAAGUUCCACCUUUGCUUCCUGUUGAAGAGGCAAUUGACCGAUAUUUGCAGUCAAGCAACCGACUUCUUAUACUGGGAUUUAAUGCGACAUUAACUGAACCUGUUGAUAGUCCUGAUAGACGUGGAGGUGAUCAGAUAAGAGAAAUGGAUCUUAAAUUACACCAGGAUUUGAAAGAACCUCUCACUAGGCUUUGUAGUGAUCCAAAAACCACAGUGGUUGUACUCAGUGGAAGUGACAGAGGUGUACUUGAUGAGAACUUUGGUGAUUAUGACAUGUGGUUGGCGGCUGAAAAUGGAAUGUUUUUGAGGUCCACUAGAGGUGACUGGAUGACAACGAUGCCUGAACAUUCAAAUAUGGAAUGGGUUGAUAGUGUAAAGCAUGUUUUUGAGUAUUUUACUGAAAGAACACCUCGAUCUCAUUUCGAGCUUCGUGAGACAUCACUUGUAUGGAACUACAAGUAUUCAGAUGUGGAAUUUGGGAGGCUGCAAGCUAGAGACAUGUUACAGCAUCUUUGGACAGGCCCUAUAUCCAACGCGUCGGUGGAUGUGGUCCAAGGUAGCCGAUCUGUUGAGGUUCGAGCCGUCGGUGUUACAAAGGGUGUUACAAUUGUUCGAAUAUUAGGAGAGAUCGUUCACAGCAAAUCAAUUUCGGCGCCUAUCGAUUAUGUCCUAUGUGUAGGCCAUUCCCUAGGGAAGGAUGAAGAUAUUUACACGUUUUUCGAGCCGGAGCUUCCAUCAGACAACAUCGGCAUCACGAGACCGAAGCUAAGUGAUGCGACAAAGUCGUGUGGAGAUAGGAAGUCCGGGAGAAGUGGUGGUUCGAAAUCAUCUCAUAAGCAAACUCAACGAAAUACAGAAAACAAGCGAAACAAUAACAGUAACAAUAACAGUAGCAGUACCAGUAAUGGUAUUAACAGUAGUGGUAGCAGUAACAGUAACAGUGUUGGGAAUGGUGGGAGACGCUCGUCACAAUCCCCGGAUAAAAUAACGUGGAACGUACUUGAUCUGAAAGGGGAUAACUAUUUCUCGUGUGCGGUUGGGCGUAAACGUACAAAUGCUCGCUAUAGGCUCGAUACAUCGGAUGAUGUGGUUUCUUUUUUGAGAGAUCUUGCUAGAGCAUCGUGAAAAUGUAUGUGAACUAUAUAGCAAGAUUUUAACUUUUAAAAUUUAUGUUGCUUAUGUGGCAUAUUAUGUGGCAAUCACCAUCAAGCUUGCAUGUAAUUACUAAUUACGUUAACUACUCAUCAAAUUGCAAUUAAAAAUGACUUCAAGU